AUGCUGCGGAUACGUUACCCAUUUGCUGCCUCAUUUGCUCUCCUCUGUCUCCUAUCCGCUUACAUCGGCCUCCUUCCACGCAACAACAAUGCAUCUCCAGGCGGAAAUGGCAAGAAUAAAUUACCUAUCUCCACCAUGCCUUCUCUCCAACCCAACGACAAAGUCCUCCACCUAGUGACCUUCUUCUUGCUCUCCCUCACCUUCUACUGGGUCCUAGACAUCACGCGCAGACGAACCCUCCACCUAACCAUCAUCGUCUGUACAAUGUGUCUUGGAAUCGGCUCGGAGCUCGUUCAAGCACUCCUCCCCAACGGCCGUUCCUUCGACCCCUUCGACGUCCUCUCAAAUAUCGUCGGCAGCUUAUGUGCUGUCAGCCUAUGUACAUGGUAUCACAAACGGAUGCUGGAACGGCGGCGCAAGGUUCGCUUUGGCAACGUGUUGAACGGGGUAGGCGAAGAUGUUGAGCUGGGAGGCGUUCAUUCGGAGAACGGGGAUCAUGGAGGACUUGGUCCGCAAGAAACGGGUGUCACGAGGGGACCACUGUCACUGGAGCAAGAGGUGGACAAUUGGGACGAGAAUGCGGUGGAUAAUUGGGAGGAAGGAGCCGACGACAUGCAGACGACGAGAACAGGUGCGGAAGAUGAUGGGCAACGGACUCCCCCGAAUAGUUCGGGAAAUAAUGGUGUUGAGGAUGCGCGGAAGAUACUGCCUGCUUGA